AUGGUGCAGCCGAAGCGGAAGAGAACUGACCUCUCAACCCCCGCCUGGCUGAGGGAUCGGUGGAACAAGGGCGCAGCCGAGAAAGACGAAAUGGCGGAUGUCCUCCAGCGCGUGAACCGGGAUAAGAACCUGUUCGUGAACGAGCUGUACAAGAUUGUGGUAAAGAAAGUCGUGGUUGAGAUCGUCAAGGAUCAAGGAUGGUAUGCUGAGACACAGAUGAAGACCGAAUUGAAGUGGUCUGCGUGA